AUGGAAGGCCGUGCGCCGGACGCUGAUGUCGAAGUAAACUUUGAUGAGACUUCAUCGGCCCAUAUCCCGCGCGACAAGGAGGACGUCGCCGUGGAGGGCGAUGUUAAGCGUGCCGACCUGGAACACCCUAGCAACUCCGUGUCCGGCAAGGACAAUUUCGAGAAGGCGUCCACGGGAAUCAGCAGCUCCAUAUCCCCGCAUUAUAAUCCGGACUCAGACGUCAUAGUCAGGGCGGAGUGGAUAGGCGAACGCUCGAUGAAGGAGGCUGCAUUCUACCUGCACAUGAACACGGUCCCCUUGAUCAACCUGGCCAUCGGGGCGCCCUUCCUGCUCGCCCUCUUCCUCGCCUGUCUGGGCUUCAUGCGCCGGGUCAUACGCUCGAAUCGCUCUGGCAAGAGAUGGUCGCGGCGACGGCGACGGGGCGUGACCAACGCCGGAAUUGAGCAGGUCGUGCAGAUCAUCAACCUGCUGGCCUUUGUGGUGUGCAGCGCGUACGUGGUCGACAAGGACUGUGCUGUCCUUUCCUACACCGUGAUCUGGGGCGGCUUCGUGCAAUGGACGUGUUGGAACACCAUCUUCCUGUUGCAAUGGAUCGGCAGUGCGUCCAUCCUCCCCCUCAAGGGCACCCGCUGGGAGCACUACAACACAGCCAGGGACGCCAUGGCGAUGGACCUGCCAUAUGGCGCACACUGGCGCAAGCUGUUGCUCUGGGCCGUGGUCCAGGGCCUCAUCAUCGCCACUGGCAUCAUCUUCAGUAGAGAGAUUAGCCAUGCUGUCGGUGGCAUGGAGAACGGCAUGUGCCCAGGGGAAGCCACCAACUGCCACAUCCCAUCUCACUUGGUCGUGCUCAUGGUGCUCUGUAGCGCGGGGAUCAUGGUGUAUCAGAUUGUCUGGAUCUGGAACAUCCGCCAGGGGUUCAUCUUCCUGGCUGGGCAGCCCUACAACGAAUUCCGCAUGGGUAAUCAGAUCAUUCGGCUGCAGGUCCGGCUUCGAGGCCUGGCCAUAAUUGUCUUCAUGGCUUCCAUGAUCAUCUACACAUUCACAGACAUCAACUCAUGUGGCUCCCUGCUGCUGUCCUGGCUGGGGUACCAGCCAAUGCAGAUCGUGAUGACGGCCAUCGUCCUCGCCAACACCAUUCUCAUGACGCCAAAGCGGCCUGACGCAGGGGCCAUCCUCGGGGUGUGGCUCCAGGAGUUUGCCUGGACCGAGCGAGACAUCGAGAACAAGAAGGAGGAGCGCAGCUCCUCCCUGCCACCUGGCACGGACACUGAGCAGCUGAAUGCAGAGCCCAUAUGGUGCUUUGAGACGGCCAUCAAGCUGAUAUACUGGUGCUUCCUAUGCUAUGACUACGAGGAGAACAAGUCCAAGGCAGCGUACAGCGUAGACACGGCGCUGUCGCUCUACGACCUCCAUUCGUUUGAGAUGCUGUGGGAGGAGGAGAUGGACACCAAAUGCCUGAUUGGCUGGAACGACGACACCAUGGUCAUCUCCUUCCGCGGCACCGCCAGCAUGGCAAACGUCGCCUCGGACCUCAAGGUCUGGCGCAAGAUCUGGCCCAAGAACAUCAGCACCAAGCGGUGCUGGAAGCUGGGCGGCGUCCCGCGCGUGCACUCCGGCUUCUACCAUGCCUACACCGCCAACGGCUUCAACUUCCAGCUGAUGAAGCGUCUCAAGUCGUUGCUCCUCCGCCUGUCCAAGGACAACCCGGGGAAGCGGGUGCGGGUGUACGUCACAGGCCACUCCCUGGGCGGCGCGCUGGCCACGCUGUGCGCCUACGACGUCAUGACGCACUGCCAGAUGAACCACGCCGAGCACUACGAGGUGUCGUGCUACACCUUUGGCGCGCCACGCACGGGCAACCACGCCUUUGCCAAGCUCUUCGCCAGCGUCGUGCCGGACACGUGGCACAUCAUCAACAGCGACGACACGGUGACGCGCGCCGGCAAGUUCUUCUUCCUGUACAAGCGCGGGGGCCACCGCGCGAUGAUCAACCCGCGGGGGGACCUGCUGGUGCGGCCGCCGUACGUCGAGCAGUUUGUCCAUCGCAUGCCUGGAACCGGCAGCCUGCGCGACCACUACCUGACGUCCUACCAGCGUAGCAUGAUGGCGGUGCUGGCCGCCCAGUUUGGCCGCAAGUCGAUUAUGGGUGGGAAGGACGGCGUGAGGAACCUGACGCAGACUGCAGGCACGCGGGCGGUGCUGGAGAAAGCUGGCCUCACCUGGGCAGACUUUGAGCGGCUGGAGAGGGAGGGGCUCAGCGCCGGGCUACGCAGCACGUCUGGCCUGGUCGAUUGCUCCUGCGGCAAUGUGUCGAUCCCAAGCUGGCCGCGGCAGUGGGUCGAGGCCUUCAAGCCCUGCAAGCGAGCGCGGGAGGCGGCCACCCGCCCCGCCCCGACCCAGGACACCGCCGUGGCCACCGCUGACCUGGAGUCGGGCGGGGAAGUGCUUGACCCCGGUGACGGCGAGGUGUGUGUCUGGCCCCGCGCGAUCAAGACGGAGCAGCGGUACAGGAUGCGUGCGUGCCAAGGGAAGGAGGCCAGCACCGUCUGCACCGCCAUGAAGAGCUUCCGGAUGAAAGGAAAGCGGGCGCAGUCCACCUGGUGCGACACCAGCGUGGAGGGAGGCACCGCGGCGGAGUCCAUGGGCGAUCUACAGGCCGCUGACGUGCCGGCCGAGGAGAGCAUGGACAGGGAGGAGGUAAGCGAACCUGCGGGCGCAGAUCUGGCAGACCUGGAGGACGUGGACUACACCUUCAUCUCCGCUGCUGGCGAUGACCGGGCGCGCAUGUGCAGCUUCAUCAUGAAGCGAUGA